GCUUUCAGCGUUAGGCCCAAAACAAACUUCCGUCACUCCCAAUCUCCCCUCUGGUUUUGUGUCUUAAACCUUAAACUAAACCCCGCCUUUGGAUUUCCGCUCUCACGGAAGCAUUAGUUAACGGCAGCCGUUUUUCUUACCGCCGUUCCCCUAACGUCCGUGCAGAGAGCGAUUACCGGCCGUUAUCUUACCCAGCGGGAACCGACUCGGCUAAGAUUAUUGGAUAGGUAGAAAAAUUAACAUUGUAAAACCACCGCGGUAGAAGAAAGGGGAUAAUGGGGAAACCUAAAUCUCAGAAAAAACCUAGAAAAGGCGGUGUGGAUUUCAAGAAAAUUAAGCGGAAAAUUGGAAGGAAAUUACCCCCUCCGAAGAAUGCUACAAACACUGAAAUUAAGUCGAAAGCUAUAGUUCUUCCGGAGCAAAGUAUAACAGCUGAGAAGGCGGGUUUAGCGGUCAGCAAGAAGGGUUUGACAUUGAAGGAGCUUCUUCAGCACACGAGCCAUCACAAUAACAAAGUCCGAAAAGGUGCAUUAUUAGGUAUCAAAGAUAUAUUGCUUAAGCACCCAGCUGAGCUGAGGUUGAAUAAAAUUGCUGUUAUAGAAAAACUGCGUGAACUCAUCAGUGAUGAUGAUAAAUUGGUCCGUGAAACGCUGUAUCAACUUUUUAAGACAGUAAUUUUCCCGGGCUGUGUAAAGGAUAACCAAGGACCAUUAGUUUCCUUGAUGAUGGCAUAUAUUUUUGACGCCAUGACUAAUUUAGCACUAGAUGUGCGAUUGAUGGCUUUUAAAAUUCUUGACCUUGUUGUCCAGUUUUAUCCCUCUUCAUUCGCCUUGUAUGCUGAAAAGAUUCUCCCGAAGUAUGAAGAUAUAAUGCGGAAGAAACAUUUUUUAGAGGAUAAGAGCAAAUUAAAGAGCAUUCUAGCCGGACUGAUUCGUUGCUUAUCACUGUUACCAUCUAAUGAGAGGAAUCACUCGGCAGUUAAAAAUGAUACUCAGGCAGAUGGCAUGCUUCAUGCUUAUGAGCCCGAGGAUGCCAAAGAAUCUAUUGAUCAGUUCCAAAAACUUUCACUUCCAUCAGGGAUUAGCGACAUUACGAAGCAGUUGAAGGAUCUUUUGUCCAUUCUUGUUGGUUGUUUCCAUGAUUUCAUGCCAUCUCUGCACAGCACAACCCAACUAGAUGUGCAAUCAUGUGAUUGUUUGCAAUUUAUACUUCAGAGCGUAGAUUUCAUAAUCGGGUUUUUGGUUAGUGGGAUUUGCAGAAGUGAACCGGACCCACAUAUUCUUCUACCUUUUCAGAAGCCCGGUGCGAUCACAUAUGAUCAAUCAUUAUCGCCAAUGAUGUUAAAGAAGUUAUGGAAUGUGUUUCCCCUCAACCUAGUUCAUCAUCUCUCAGGCAAGGAAGAAGAUCGGAUCUUCAUGCUAGAUACUGUAAUUACCAAAAUAUAUUUGCAGUCGAGUAAAUGCAGCUACUCUCCUUCUGCGUUGUUGGACAAGUUUCUCGAAUUUAUUGAGAGUUCUACUGUAUACAAAGGUUUUGCUUAUUGGACUUCCUAUUUUUAUGGGACUUAUGUCAUUAUUAAGACCCUAAAAUCUAGCAUUUUAUGGUCUGGUGGCCUUUGCUACUAUUUAGGCCUUUUAGUCAUAAAUUCGUUAUUAGAUUUAAUCUUGGUGUCGAAUAACCUUCUCCUUUUUGCGCGUUUCGGUUACACUUUUCACCAGCGCUGGAAUACUCUUACACACUCGGGUAAAGUUUUUCAGGAGAGACACUGCGUUCCACAUAUCCCAUACACUUCCCAACUUAUUACAUCCAAGGGCGGCAAUUAUCCUCUUUAUGGGGCCUCUAAUUUUAACCAACAUUUGUUGUUGCAGGCUUUUACUGAGGUUUUCAGGAACUCGAGUCCAGAAUCUCCGAUGAAAUUGGCUUGCCUUUCCGUAAUUGAAGAAAUGCUUGCUCCUGAAAGGAACCUUGAUGCAAAUGAUCCGACACUGUUAGACUAUCAGAUUACUUGGAUGCAUUAUCUUCCUUCGUUGCUAAUUUUGCUGGACAACAAAAGCCCACUAUGUUCCGAGGCUGUGUUACGCCUUCAACUUCACGUUGGACAAGUUGCUCCAGUUAACUCUAUAUUUUCUCAGGAAUUUGACACUAUGCAGUACAGUUUUAGAUGUUUUUUCAGCCAACAAAUCGAUAAUGCUGUAUGCUAUGGUCCCUUUGUAAGGCUGGGAGCAGAUAUACAGGAGCUUGCCGUUUGUUGCCUUUAUUAUUUCUCGUUCAUGGACGCACAGCUUUUGCAGUCACUAGUUUCGUGUUGCUUAUGUGAUGAUAUUGAGCCGUCGAUGAUUUUACGUAUCUUAGAAGUUCUGCAAUCUGCCUUUAGAGCCGGACACAUCCAAGUGGCAGAUUACACAAGUUUCCAUGUCACUUUACUCUCUCGCUUCCAAGUUUAUCCAGAAAAAACCGAGUCUGCUAUCAAGUAUAACGGGAAGUCCAAUCCCAAAGCAUUCAAAUCUGUUACCAGCAGUAUUUGCUCAUGUUUGUCACAGAUCGGCGACGAUUAUCUUGUUUUUCAGUUACUGGAGAACAUAAUCAUUGAUCAAAUUUGCGGUGAAAUGCCGAUGGAAAAUAAGUGCGGUUUCCUCAGAAUGCUCGUCACACUCGACUCGCGACCAACUAGACUUUCUGAUCAGAGUAUUGUCAAGUUAAGCCUUGCUCUUGCACGAUACUUGAUCGAUGUUGUAUCUACAUUUAAGGAAGAUGAUCAAGAGUCGACCCCUGUCACUCGUGCAAAAAGGAGAAGUUAUUACUUGUUACCUUCCUUUCAUCUGUUUUAUGGGAGCAAAAAACUAUCAAGUCUUGUCCUAAAUACGAUGGGAUCUUGGAUUUCGGAGCCUAGUUCAUCACUUGGUUCCCGUCACACUCAUCUCACAGCGGAUCGUUCAAUUACGAUAUGUGCCAUCGGCUCAGUACUCUUCCACAUGAACAAAGAUGUCAAGAUCAGACAAAUUCUGUUGUCGUGCAAGAUUGAAAGUGAGACUAUGUUGCAGAAUCUACUCAAUUUGCUGUCUGCUGAAGGGACAAACUUGACCCUAGAGGAAAGGCAUAAAAUUCAAAAGGCAUACGAUCGAAUGAGAGCUAUCGCGUCAAACGAAGUGGUGUGACACCCCUAACUUGAGUGAUGCGGCAGAGAUCUUCGAUCAACACGAAGAAGACAGAUUCGAUAGCAUAUUUGAUCUUGUCCCGACCAGUUUGUUUGUUGGCCCAUGCAAAAGUAUUCAUACAUUAGGAGCUGCUAGUGAAAUACCAACCAAUUUUCCGGGUUUUUUCCCUUUAGUUUUUUCAUCGAAGCAAAAUUAAAGGUCGUUUUUUUUUUUUUUUUUUUUUUAAUUAAAAGGCUGUCUUCUAGUUAUGUUUGUACGAGUAACACUUAAAUUAUUAAGAGUACUGAAACCCACCCCCUUAAUUCUCUCGUCUUCCUUCUGAGAUGAGGUAAACUUGAAUGUGGGGCAUUGUUAUGAUUGGAGUAAAUGUUAUUUGUACAGUUAAUAUGAACACUUCAUACUA